AUGGCUUCGUCAAUCCUUCACUACUCCCGACCGCCGAUUCUUAGACCACAGCAGCACACCAACUCUUCCGCAGCCCGACUCGAUACUAACUUACCGCGUUUCAAUGUAGCACCCGUGCGGAAGCCUUUCAAGGUGCAAGCCACCAGCACUAGGGGUAAUAACAGCAGUGAUAGCAUUCCCAGCCGUCAAGACCGCAGCAGCUCUAGCGAUGGCCACAAUUCCGCGAAACCCUCGACAUUUUCCGGAAAUCUGCAGUCGCACGUCCAAUCAGCAGCUUCGCGGGUUCUCCUUCCCUCGCUGCUCGCGGCGUCGCUUCUUACCACCGAGGCCCUGCUGCCACCUCAGCAGCAGUCCAUGCUUCCAAGUCAGCAGUUUGCUGAGCUGGCACCGCUGUCUGGCGCAGCAGUGGAGCAAACGGGAGCUGUGGCAGAGAUAUUUCGCGGAUCUGCAGCUGACGUGGCAGGGGAGGGUCUGCGGUACUACCUGGUACUACUUAGUAAGAACAGGCGAAUCAGAGUGAGAAGCGUGGGGCUUGACUCACACCAACCCCGCAGACAAGGCGAACGUGCAGAGCGGAUUCCCUCCCCCCCCACUCCUGCUGUGCCCACCCCUCGCAGAUACUACUUAGUAAGAGCAGGCGAGUCGGAGUGGGAGGCCCUGGGCCUGAUUCACACCAACCCCGUCGACAAGACGAACGUGCAGAGCGGGCUGUCAGGGGAGGGGAAGAAGCAGGCGGUGGAAGCUGCCAGGAAGCUGCGCAAGAUGGACGCCUGCGGUGGAGGGUGCUGGAUCUGGCCGUCCAUUUCUCAGCGGGCUUAUCAGACGGCUGAGGUUGUCGCUUACGUAAAUGGCGCCGAUUACAGCCGCAUCGUGCCAGAGUACAGCUUUCUGGACGCCAGGGGACUGGGGGCGUUUGAAGGACAGCCGCUUGAGAUGAUGAGCGAGAUCUACCUAGAAGACUCUGUGUCGUCCAGGUGGCGACCGCCCCCCUUCACUGACGGCACCCCCCAUGAGAGCGUGGCGGAUGUGCUCGUGAGGGUGACGCAGCUCAUGUCGAUCCUUGAAACACAAUACUCACGAGAUGCGGUGGUGAUCGUGUCACCGGACUCUGAUUGUCUCUCCGUGCUGCAGUCUGCUCUGAUUGGGAAGGAUCUCAGAAGUCACAGCGACUUGUACUUUCAGCCUGGGGAGGUGAGGCAGGUAGACAUCAGCAACAACGUCCCCCCUCCUCCCAUAUCUGGCCUCAUCUCGCUCAAGAAAUAG